AUGGUGGCAAGAAUAGGCAUGAACUCUCUUUUGAGGUUCCUCCCCAAGCCGAGAUCUGCUCUCAACAGGUCAUCCCCAUUCCUAAAUACUCUCCCAUCCCAAACCUGCUGGCUUUCCAAUGAAACAAAAGCAGCUAUUGACAAAGCAGUGGCAUCUGCACCAGUUUUACAUUUGAUGAUUAUCAAUAAAAUCCCUGGUUCUAUGUUUAGGUAUUAA